UGCUGUCUGGACAGGACACCCUGAAAGCAACAAGCUUGACUGGACAAAACGCUCACUACUGCAGUGCCGUACACUCUCGUUUGACGGGGAUAGCGUCGACUCGAGGUUGUGUUUGUCCUCACUAAACGUCGGUCUGAAUUGAACUGGAGGAAGGACGAUGUCGGCAGUUUAUAAAGAUGAACAGGAGGACUGGAUGACGGUGUGUCUCAAGUACCUGCUCUUUGUUUUCAACUUUCUCUUCUGGGUGGGUGGAGCAGCUGUUUUGGGCGUGGGAGUCUGGACACUGGUGGAGAAGAGUGACUACUUGAGCCUGCUGGCAUCCAGCACUUUUGCUGUCUCUGCGUAUAUCCUCAUCCUGGCUGGCGGCCUGGUGGUGGUUACGGGCUUCUUGGGCUGCUGCGCUGUCAUCCGGGAGCAGAGAAGCUGUCUGUCCACGUAUUUUUUCUGCCUGCUGUUGAUCUUCUUGAUUGAACUGGUGGCCGGAGUACUGGCUUAUGUCUAUUACCAGAGGCUGAGUGAGGAGCUGAAGCAGCAUCUCAACCAGACUAUGACGGAGAACUAUGCCCAGCCAGGGAAGGAGGCCAUCACAUUAGCUGUGGACAGACUACAACAGGAUUUCAAGUGCUGUGGCAGCAACAACUCCCAUGACUGGAUGUUGAGUGUGUACAUUUCAUCAAAGCCGGCAGAAGGCAGGGUGGUGCCUGACAGCUGCUGUAAAACCAUCACUCCUCACUGUGGGAUAAGAGAUCAUCCCUCCAACAUUUACAAGGUUGAGGGUGGUUGCAUUACGAAGCUGGAGCAGUUUCUGGCAGACCACCUGUUAGUCAUUGGUGCUGUGGGAAUAGGAGUGGCUUGUCUGCAGCUGGCCGGGGCAGUCUUGACAGCCUGCUUUAUCUAUCUGCUCUAUAAAGAAGAAGAGGACUUCGGUACAUUGUGAUUUAGCUCUAGACCGGCUUUGUGGUUUAAUCAACUGGAGAGACAAGAUCUGCGGGAUGGUGUUCACCAGCUGCUUGUACAGAAGGAUCAAGAUGGAACCUUACUGAGCACGCCCGGUCCUCAACACCCCACCUUCAACAGGCAGAUGGAACAAUGACCUUCUGACACCUAAACUUCGACCUCUGAAUCUUGAACUUUUACCUUGUGAUCUAAGCCAAGACACUUUUGCAGGCAGAAACAAAUUGUACAAUUGACCAACCGGGCUGAUUUUUGGUUCCUCUUCUACAGUAUUACACUUACAUUACAAUAUACUUCAAUACAAGCUUUUACAUUUCUGAUAUCUGACUGUGAUCUACUGGAACAAAAUGCCAGUCUGCAUUUGUCUAUUUGCCUUGGCUUAGAUGCAUGCUUUAGUUUGAGCAGGACAAAAGAAAGGGGGCAUACAUACUCAUAACGCAUCCUGCUCUGUUCAACUAAUGAUUAUCCAAAUUGAUCUGUCUUGUUCACUGUGCAUUUAUAUGUUAGUGUUUUUUGACCAUUCCAGUACUUGAGUAAGCUGAGCAAGGGCAUGGCGUACACAUGGUGUUGUCACUGUUAAUGAAGAAAGGUAAUUUAUUGUUGUAUCUUUUUUGAACACAAUGUGCCUCUUUCACAAUUCUGCUAAAUGAUUAUCAAUUAUGUGCCUGAAAUCUUUAAAAGGGAGCUGACAAUGCACUGUGACAAAGGGCAGCAAAUGAAAUCUAGUUUACUAUAUUUAUAUUUGUAGUUAUGUCUAUAUUUCUGUAUAGCAGCACUGAAUGUUGCACUGUGUGAUAGUUAUUUAAAUGAACUGAACCUCAAUGGUAACACUCAAGUGUAUGGCUACAAACUUUAAGAUGUUCCUAGACCGUCUAAUAAGUAAAGGAAGAAGAGUCAUUUUCUCUAGUGGUUGCCAGAUCCCUGAAUGUAUGACUCCACCUAGUGGUUGGCACUGGUCACAUACAAUACUGUGUGUAACUAUAUGCUGCACUUGAUUCUGAUAGUAGGAAAUUCAGAAUUUCACAAUCCAACAAAAUCUGUUGUUUAUCUCAUUAUGUGACCCUAAAGAUACAUAUACAUCAGAUAGCAGAUUGCAAUAUUAACACACAUUACCUUCUCUGAAUUUUAGAUUUGUUUCCAUACUUUCCUAGACAAUGAGGAUUCAUUCUCUACAGUGGAGAAGUUGACUCUAAGCGCCAAAGAAAUCGAGGAUUUUGUUGUUUUCACUGUCUAAUCCAUCACUUGUCAUCCCUUUUCCCAUAGCUAUUACAUAAGGAACAAUGAGUGGCCUUGUUGCCACUAUAGAUGUGGUAAGUCUGGCUCAGCUAUUGUUGAUUGAUAAGUAAGCGCAAUACAUCAACCUCUGGAUCCUUAACCAUACACACCAUUGCCAAGACCCAGCACUCUGUAAAGGGAUCUCUUAGGAUUUGUGUUUUGUUUUUUUUUCCCCCACCCAACUGACUUAGAAAUGAAGGGUGCUAAUGUGGUUGUUGAUGAGAUAAUGAUAUAACAUUGGCAUGUGCUCUACUACUGACUGUGCUAUUUAAAACAUUGAUAUGAAACUCAUAAAUAAAUGUUUAAAUGGUGUUGCAUUAAGAAAA